GGCACGGCUAAUGGAGGCGGUGCUCACAAAGGUCUCUACAGACAACUGUGGCGUUUCCUGCGGCCGAUAUAAAACUGGCUCUUGCCUUUCGGUGUGUGCCUCUGUAUUUAGAUUUGAAGAGGGUUCUAUUCCAUUAAUUCGAGCCUCAUUGCGCCUCUUGCUUCUGAGAGAAGAGAAACGGAUUUGAUCAUCCAAAUGGACGCAAUACUGAAUUACAGAUUGGACGACAGUGAAGAUUACUACACAUUGCUGGGCUGUGACGAGCUUUCUUCGGUUGAACAAAUCCUGGCAGAAUUUAAGAUCAGGGCUCUGGAGUGUCAUCCUGACAAGCAUCCUGAAAACUCCAAAGCUGUGGAGGCUUUUCAGAAACUGCAGAAGGCAAAGGAGACUCUGACCAAUGAGGAGAGCCGCGCCCGCUAUGACCACUGGCGAAGGAGCCAGAUAUCGGUGCCGUUCCUGCAGUGGGAAGCUCUGACUGACUCGGUGAAGACGUCAAUGCACUGGGCUGUCAGAGGUAAGAAAGACCUGAUGCUGGAAGAAUCUGACCAGACCCAUACCAAGAAGAUUAAAAAUGAGGAAUGGAAUGAGCAAAGAGAAAUAAAGGAAGAGGAUCUAGGUCCAGCCACAGAGAAAAUGAAGCAAAAGGAAUCUGAGUCCCUUGAGAAGUCUGCCUUUCCACAAAAUCCAGAUUCUCUGAGCAGGCGGAGGCACUGCUGAGCUAAAUCCCCAGCCCUUCGUUCCCUAGACCUCAGUUUGCUCACCUAUAAAAUGAGCAUCAUGAUCAUCAUCAUCAUCAUCAUCAUCAUCAUCAUCAUCAUCAUCACCUUCUCACAGAGUUACCAUAAGGAUUAAAUGGGGAGAUUCAAUCAAAAUGUUUAGCAUAGUGAUUGAUUUGCCUAGAGCAGGCUGAAUUUGUCGGCUUUCUUCUUGCCGAGACAUGAUCUAUAACACCCACAACUUGGAGGAGCCGCUUAAUUUGCUCUGGCUCCAAGGCAGAAACAUGGUGGAUGGGUGGAGCAAAGCUGCUUAGUUCAUGGAGGCCAGGAAACCUGAGAGGAACAAUUGAGGGACCAUAUAUAGUACCAAAGGCCACACUUCCAUAACCCACCCUCACACAGUAGUGUGCGCCUUUAAUCUGCUAGGCAUUUCUUGAUCCACUGAAGCUGAUUUAUCAGGGUUAAUUGUCACAUAGGCUUUGAGUAAAUGUUGGCUGCUAUUAUUUUCUGGUCUAUCUGACCAUCACUCUGUCAAUAGUUUAGGUGCCUUGUGUACAUACAUUUUAACUGUCCUUCAAGUUCUUAUUUGCUGAUUCUUGGGGUUGCAGGACCCCAUUAGAAGUUGGCCCUUAAAUAGAAGUUUCCUGAACAUUCUUGAACAGUUGUUUGAAAAGAAGAUAAUUAGAUAGCUUGUGGUGAAUGAAGUCUUUAUAGAAAUGGUCACUUCAAAUUUCUCUUUGGGGAGAACUUUUACAUAGUUGGUAAUUGAUGGGAAUGAGGAGUUUUUUGUUUUUUGUUUUUGGUAACGGGGAUUGAACUCGGGUCCUUGUGAAUGAGGAGUUUUAUUUAGAGUUUGAUUCAGGUGUCUCUGCUCAUUACCCAAGAGACCUCUGUAGUGUCAUCACAUUUGUUGCACAGUGGUUAUGGUGGUUAAAUGAUAAUAAGCUUGAUUAAAGCAGAAGAGUGCAUUUCACAAAACAGAAUUUUGAGCAAACACAAACAUAUAAACAUGUCUCCCCUGCCCUCCCCACGGUAUGCUCAAACAGGUGACAGGCAAACAUUUCACCUUUGAGCCCUGGAGCGUUCAGUUCUGUCUGUUUCAGUCAGAUUUAUUUAUUUAUUUAUUUGUAUCUGUGGUACUGGGGAUCAAACCCAGGGCCUUCAUGCUA